CACAGCUCUGGGCAGGGACAUGCAACCAACAGCUUUGCUGGAGACGUAGGAACCUGCUCUCCUACAGAAAUGAUGAGAGAGAUCCACAAAAAACAAGCCAAUCCUUUUGAGGGACACACUCAAGCCAGAUAACCCAAGGUCAUCACAGACAGGUUUAAAGCUAAGUGCUGUGCAAUUAGCUUGCCUCCUUGGGUUUUUGAAACAUGCAUCUGUAUAAACCUGCCUGUGCAGACAUCCCUAGCCCCAAGCUGGGUCUGCCGAAGUCCGGAGAAUCGGCUCUAAAAUGCAGACGGCACCUCGCCGGGCCCAAGACUCAGCCUACGGCAGCCUGCGGGCCUCUUAGGCCCAGUGGAGCAGCGGAGCAGAAAUAUUUGGAAACGUUUUUGCGUGUCCAUGGAAUUUCAUUGCAGGAAACCACCAAGGCAGAGACGGGCAUGGCAUACAGGAAUCUUGGAAAAUCAGGACUCAGAGUUUCUUGCUUGGGUCUUGGAACAUGGGUGACAUUUGGAGGUCAAAUUUCAGAUGAGGUCGCGGAGCGGCUGAUGACAAUCGCCUAUGAAAGUGGCGUCAAUCUCUUUGACACUGCUGAGGUCUACGCUGCUGGAAAGGCCGAAGUGAUUCUGGGCAGCAUCAUUAAGAAGAAGGGCUGGAGGAGGUCCAGCCUGGUCAUAACAACCAAACUCUACUGGGGUGGAAAAGCGGAAACAGAAAGAGGACUAUCAAGGAAGCAUAUCAUUGAAGGAUUAAAGGGGUCCCUCCAGAGGCUGCAGCUUGAGUAUGUGGACGUGGUCUUUGCAAAUCGACCAGACAGCAACACACCCAUGGAAGAAAUUGUCCGCGCUAUGACACACGUGAUAAACCAAGGCAUGGCGAUGUACUGGGGCACCUCCAGGUGGAGCGCUAUGGAGAUUAUGGAAGCCUAUUCUGUAGCAAGACAGUUCAACAUGAUCCCACCGGUCUGUGAACAGGCCGAGUACCAUCUUUUCCAGAGAGAGAAGGUGGAGGUCCAGCUGCCAGAGCUCUACCACAAAAUAGGAGUUGGUGCAAUGACAUGGUCUCCACUCGCCUGCGGAAUCAUCUCAGGAAAAUAUGGAAACGGGGUGCCUGAAAGUUCCAGGGCUUCACUGAAGUGCUACCAGUGGUUGAAGGAAAGAAUUGUAAGCGAAGAAGGGAGAAAACAGCAAAACAAGCUAAAAGACCUUUCCCCGAUUGCGGAGCGUCUGGGAUGCACGCUACCUCAGCUGGCCGUUGCCUGGUGCCUGAGAAACGAAGGUGUGAGUUCUGUGCUCCUGGGAUCAUCUACUCCUGAACAACUCAUUGAGAACCUCGGUGCCAUUCAGGUCCUCCCAAAGAUGACGUCGCACGUGGUAAAUGAGAUUGACAACAUACUACGCAACAAGCCCUACAGCAAGAAGGACUACAGGUCGUAGGCAGUGCAUGAGCUGCAGAAGCUGCAUGGUCACAACGGCGGCUGCGCCCAGUACAGAGAGGUGUUACUAGCCAGGCUUUUCAAUCACUUAGCAGCCCGCUGCUCAACCUCUAGUGUCCCUGGAUUCUCUGAGGUAUCUGCUGUUGCUACCACUGUGCACAUCUGAAAACUCACAACUAAGAAACUCUGUUCUAUUUUCUUACCUUGGACUGGAAUCACCUAUUCUUGCAUUGCUCUGUACAGCUCAUGCUGAUGCAAUGGAGAGAAUACGGGGAAAGAUGUGUUGCCUUCGGGCACUUGGUAACUUAAAGAAGGCUGUACAGAUAUAUUUUUUCAAAAGAACAAAAUACACAGAUGCAUCUUGAAUGUAUAAGAAACAGAGUAGGCUAUCUUCACCCGGAAGUAUUGCUUGGGACAAUAAGCUGAAACAAUUUUACAUUUUUUUCCUAUCUUCACAUUCAUAUUAGCAAGUUUUGUUUCACUGGUCAUUCAACAAAACAAAAAUGUCUAGGUAUCUGCGUUAUUACCUUUCAAAUACUUACUAUUGCUUGGACCCGAAAUGGCCCUGUACAACAAUUUAUCCAGUGUGUUAUUAGAAUUCCAAUAAUGUUAUCCACUCACAUAUAGAGACAUUAUGGCCAAUCUAUGGAAGCGAGGGUUACACUGCUAUGGGAACUUAGCUUUGAAUAAAUCAUAAUGUAUCUGCAAUCAUCUUUUUUUUACCUUUUAUUAAAACUUGCUUUAUAGUUCAACUGCUUAUAGGCAUAACUUCUGCAAGUUUCAAUAUCUGAGCUUUAAAAAUAAAUAUACACAUGCUCAAUUUUGUAAGUAAACCUGUAAAAUACCUAGAGAGGCCGACGUUCAGCUUCAUUAGCACUGGACUUUCAAUAUAAUGCUUACUAUUUGGGAGGAGUUAUUAACGUGAAGUGAACCAUAAGCUUUACGAAAAGUGCUGCUACUACUCAGACUAUGCUAGGUGAAUUAACUUGCCCAGUAAAAAGCAAAAUGUUAAAGAACCUCCCGAUUCUAUAAUCAUAUCAUAUGCACUAAGAACUGUAUACGCAUGAAUGUUCUCUGCAUGGAUUAAAGGGUGCACUCAGCAUCUGAGGGACACCUAGCCCUGCCGCUACCGGCUACUCACCUAUGUUUCUACCCACUUCAGAACAAUCGUGAGACUACACAGUGUGUGCUGCUAUCUGUAAAAAGGGAGAAAACAUGUUUUUCUUUCUUGAGAUGGGGGUGGUCCUUUAACUCUUAUGUA